AGAGAAAAAUUGAAGGAUGAAAAUAUAAAAAAUGCGAACGAUGCCGACGACUCAACCAAACCAAAAUCAUUCACCUUUCUUUCUUUGAUUGUUUGGUCUCAGACCGGGGCAGUGUCCAGAGGGAAGCCUUCUUUCCGUCUCCUCUCAUCUGUUUCUCUGUUGAUCCAGGUUGAGAAAACUGAUUCGGAGAGAGGAUGUCUGGAGGAGGUACGCAGAAGAGCUUGAGGAAAGCUCUAGGAGCCAUCAAGGACUCCACAACCGUUGGAUUGGCCAAAGUUAACAGUGAUUACAAGGAAUUAGACAUUGCUAUUGUUAAGGCCACAAAUCAUGUUGAACGCCCUGCAAAAGAAAAACACAUAAAGGCUAUUUUUGCUGCAAUUUCAGCGACAAGGCCUAGGGCUGAUGUUGCCUACUGCAUUCAUGCUCUUGCCAGGCGACUUGCCAAGACACAUAACUGGGCGGUGGCUCUGAAAACAUUAAUUGUUAUACAUCGCGCUUUGAGAGAAGUGGAUCCCACUUUCCGUGAAGAGCUCAUAAAUUAUGGAAGAAGCAGAAGCCACAUGCUCAACAUGUCUCAUUUUAAGGAUGAUUCCAGUCCAAAUGCAUGGGAUUACUCUGCAUGGGUCCGCACUUAUGCUUUAUUCUUAGAGGAGAAGCUGGAAUGUUUCCGUGUCUUGAAGUAUGAUGUUGAGACAGAUCACCCUAGAACCAAGGACCUGGACACUGUUGAAUUGCUUGAGCAAUUGCCUGCUUUGCAACAGCUUCUUAAUCGUGUACUUGGUUGUCAGCCCCAAGGAGCAGCAGUUUAUAAUUUUGUCAUUCAGUUAGCAGUUUCAAUGGUUGCUUCAGAGAGCAUUAAGAUUUACCAUGCUAUUAGUGAUGGCACAGUUAAUUUGGUUGACAAGUUCUUUGAGAUGCAACGACAUGAUGCUGUUAAGGCUCUUGAUAUAUACAGGAGGGCAGGACAGCAGGCAGAGAGACUAUCAGAGUUCUAUGAAAUAUGCAAGAGCCUUGAUCUUGGGCGUGGAGAAAGGUUCAUUAAGAUCGAGCAGCCGCCUGCAUCAUUUAUAACAGCCAUGGAAGAAUACGUGAAAGAAGCCCCCCGAGUUUCCACAGUUCGCAAAGAUCAGGUUGUUGAUAAAAUUGAUGCUCCAAAGGUGGUAUUGGCUAUAGAAUAUAAGAAGGCCCCUGAGGUGCAGGAGGAACGUCCACCAUCCCCACCAAAACCUGAACCAGGGAAAGUUGAAGCUCCUGUUUCUGAACCACCAGAUCUGUUGGGUUUGAAUGAUCCCAUCCCUGAAGCAUCAGAACUGGAUCAGAAAAAUGCUCUGGCUCUGGCUAUUGUUCCAGUUGCUGAUUCAUCAACAACUAUCCCUUCUGCUGCCCCUAAUCCUAUGAAUGGAACUACAGGCUGGGAAUUGGCACUUGUAACUGCCCCAAGUUCAAAUGAAAGUGCUACAGCUGCAAGCAAACUGGCUGGAGGGCUGGACAAACUUACGUUGGACAGCUUAUAUGAUGAUGCAAUUAGACGAGCUAACCAAACUGCCAGCUACAAUCCGUGGGAGCCAAUGCCAAUGACGGGACCCAUAAUGCAACAACCAGCGCAUGAUCCAUUCUUUGCCUCCAAUGCCGUGUCUGCACCACCCUCCGUUCAGAUUUCAGCAAUGGCCCAGCAACGGCAGGCUUUCAUGUUGCAACAACAACAACAACAGAUGAUGAUGAUGGGCCCACAACAGCAACAGCCUUUAAAUCCUUUUGGUAAUCCAUAUGGAGGAGCUGGGGUCCACCCAUAUGGUUCUGGUGUGCCUGUGCAAACCUACAAUCCCUAUACCGGCCUUAUUUAGAACUGUUGAGUGGCUAGUGUUGUUUUCUGGUAACACGAGCAUGGGAUGGUGAAUGACGACAGGUGAGAGUGAGACGAUUAUGUAACAUAUGUAUGUGUAGUUCCUAGAAUGGGAUUGUUGUCUGGUUAUUAGCCAGGGGGAGAGAGUUUUGGCUAUUGCCUUAUUGAUUAUUCUAUGAGAAAAUAGUUCCUAAUAAUGUUUCCAAGAUUAUGUAACCUGCAUUUCUUUCUUAAUGAUUAAGCAGGAAGCUCAAUUCUUUUCUUUGUUGAG